AUGGUGUUGUUCCGGCUGAUUAACCCCGCUCCGUUGACGGAGAAAGUGCAGUCCCGCCAGGGUAACAUAUAUCUAUAUAGGGCCAUGUGGUUAAUUGGUUGGAUUCCGCCGAAGGAGGGAGUCCUGCGAUACAUCUAUCUCUUCUGGACCUGUGUGCCCUUUGCUUUUGGCGUAUUUUACCUGCCCGUUGGCUUUAUCAUCAGCUAUGUCCAGGAGUUCAAGAACUUUACACCCGGCGAGUUCCUCACCUCCUUGCAAGUGUGCAUCAAUGUCUACGGGGCCUCGGUGAAGUCCACCAUCACCUACUUGUUUCUAUGGAGACUGAGGAAAACGGAGAUGCUAUUGGAUCACCUGGACAAAAGGCUUCAGAAUGACAGCGAUCGCGAAAGGAUCCACAAUAUGGUGGCCCGCUGCAACUAUGCCUUUCUGAUCUACAGCUUCAUAUACUGUGGAUAUGCGGGAUCCACUUUCUUAUCGUAUGCCUUGAGUGGUCGUCCUCCCUGGUCCGUUUAUAAUCCCUUUUUGGACUGGCGCGAUGGCCUCGGCAGCCUGUGGAUCCAGGCCAUAUUCGAGUACAUCACCAUGUCCUUUGCCGUGCUGCAGGAUCAGCUAUCCGAUACGUAUCCCCUCAUGUUCACCAUUAUGUUUCGGGCCCACAUGGAGGUGCUCAAGGAUCAUGUGCGAAAUCUGCGAACGGAUCCUGAGCGAAGUGAGGCCGAUAACUAUCAGGAUUUGGUGAACUGCGUUAUGGAUCACAAGACCAUAUUGAAAUGCUGUGACAUGAUAAGGCCUAUGAUUUCCCGGACCAUCUUCGUCCAAUUUGCGCUGAUUGGCUCCGUUUUGGGUCUGACUCUGGUCAAUGUGUUCUUCUUUUCGAACUUCUGGAAGGGAGUGGCCUCCCUGCUCUUCGUCAUAACCAUCCUAUUGCAGACUUUUCCCUUUUGCUAUACCUGUAAUCUGCUUAUAGAUGAUGCCCAGGAAUUGUCCAACACGAUUUUCCAAUCCAACUGGGUGGAUGCAGAGCCGCGUUACAGGGCUACCUUGGUCCACUUCAUGCAUCAUGUCCAGCAGCCUAUUAUUUUCAUUGCAGGAGGCAUAUUCCCAAUCUCCAUGAACAGCAACAUAAGCGUGGCCAAGUUCGCCUUCAGCAUCAUUACAAUAGUGCGACAAAUGAAUCUGGCCGAGCAGUUCCAGUAAAAUUAGCUCACAAAAAUGAUUUCAAAUUGUAGCCCAAGCCUCCAACGAAAAAAAACAGCCCCUCAGCUAUUCUUUAUGCCCGUGAUUUGCAUAAAAUGUGUAUAUGUUGUGGCUUAUCUCAUAAGAUUUCGGCUGAUUUAGUUGGUAAAUGGUAAUGGCCAUGGCAAAGGAUGUGAAAGUCAGACAGAAUUUGCAAAUUGCGUUAGCAGACGGAAAUUACAACAGCCAGACGACGACGAGUGUAACAACAAGCAGUCUGAGCAAAUGGGCCCAAAGCUCGGAAAAUAUUUGCCCUGGAUGGAGGAGCAACCACAGGAAGUACAUAUAACCGUUUACAUAUUGUAUGCGAUUUUUAUUUAAAUUUUAUGUUAAACACGUGACUUGUGACCAGCGAAAAGGCGGAGUAGGAAUACAUACAAUAAUAUAAAACGGAUCGCCCAGACUUGUGGCAGAAAGCAAAUAUUAUGACAUAUUUUUGCGGUUUACUUGCCGCACACGCGCCAUCAUAUCCCCCACAAAACGAAUGUUCCACGAAUGAGUACAUAAACAUGUAAAGUGGUUAUGGGGGUGGGAUAGAUAGAUGGACCCUGAUAUAUGUGUAUUUGCACUAUACGUAUAGGAAUAUGUGUAUUAGACGGGAACGAACAAUAGAAAAGCAGACAUCCUUGAGGGAAUUCACCUAUUUUUCCUAUUUCACAGUUUCCUUUGCCAAUCGAAACCCUACUUAAAUGGGCAGAAACUCAUGUUUAUAUGGCAAUUUAAUUUUAUUUCAUGCUUUAUCUAUAUAAUAUAAAUAAGUUAAUAUUUAAAUUGAGGAUAUCCGAAUAGAAAUAUAUUCGCUUAAAUAAGUAAUACCUUUAGAAGCUUCAAAAUAUUGAUAAAAGUAAACGCAAAUAAAAUAUGUAAAAUCAAUAGAGCACUUUUAGAUGACAUAAAUAUUAAAGGAAAGGAAAAAUAUUCAUCAAAAUAUUGCAACACAUUCAAAUAUUGAUCAAAGUGAAAAAUCAAUUUAGUAAAACGGAAAUCAAAUAUUUACUAUCAUACCACAUUUAUGGAUGACUUCAUGAGCCUUUCUAAACAUCAGAGUCUCUAAACCAUGAGCAAUUAGGCUAAAUUAUAGUAUC